GCACUGGGCAUCACUCUCACCCCUGAGCAGGCCCAGGCACUGGGAAUCACUCUCACCCCUCAGCAGGCACAGGCAUUGGGGAUCAGUGUCACCCCUCAGCCAGCCCCGGCACAGGGCAAGCCCCCUACUUCUGAACAGUUCAAGGCAUUGGUAGUCACCCUCACCCCUGAGAAAUCCCAGAGUUUGGGAGUCACACUCACCCCUGAGCAAGUUCAGGCACUGGCACCUCCUCUCACUUCUGAACAGGCUCAGUCAUUGGAGGUCUCUCUCACUCCUGAGCAGGCCCAGUCACUGCAGGACCUUCUCAUUCCAGAACAGGCAGAGGCACUGGUGUUUACUCUCACUCCUGAGAAAGGUCGGACUUUGGGUAUCACACGUGCCCAUGAACAAGCCCAGGCAGUAGAUAUUACCCUCACCCCUGAGCAGACACGAGCAUUGAGGGUCCCUCUUAGCCUUGACCAGGCUCGGGCAGUAAAGACCCCUCUCACUUCAGGACAGGCCUGGAAACUGGGGGUCCCUAUCACUCCAGAAGUAGUUCAAGAAGUAUCAAACACUCAUAUUCUUAAGCAGAUUCAAGCAUUAGGGGUUACUCCCUCCCAUGAGAAGGCUCAGACACUGGGGACUCCUUCCACUCUGGAUGCAGCCCAGGAAUUGGGAGUCCCCACCACUCCAGAAAAUGCCUGGGUGUCAGCUGUCACUCUUACCCCUGAAGAGACCUGGGCUUUGGGGGCCCCUAUCACCUUAGAAUGGGCUCAAGCACUGGGGUUUUCUCUCUCUCCAGAGCAGUACUGGGAAUCAGGAGUCCCUCUCACCUCAGAUACAGUCCAUACCUUAGGAUCUCCCCUCACUCCUGAGCAAGUCCAACCUUUGGGAGCCCCCUUCACUCCAGGACAGGCCCAGCCCAUGGGUACAACUCUCAUGUCUGAGCAGGACCUAAAAUCAAGAGCUCCUCUCCUUAAUGAGCAGCCCUCGCAACUCUGGACUGGUCCUCCUCCAGGACAUACCCAGGAAGCUGGGAUCUUUUCUAGUACUGAUAAAUCCGUCACACCAAGUGCUCUUUGCAUUUCUAAGCAGUCCCUGACAUUGGUUCCUUCCACUCUAAGACCAUUUCAAGAAUCAAAGGCUUCUCUCCCCUCUGGGAAAUCCAUUACAUCAAGACCUAGGCAGUUCCCAGCAUCAUCUGCUCCCAUUGUUGAGAAGUCCUCUAUAUUUGAGGUCCCUUCAACUCUUUUGCAGAUAUCAAAAUUUCCUCCCACCCAAGCCCUUACCCAACGCCAAGGAAUGAGGAUCCUUUCUGACUCUGGGAACCUCCUGGCACCACAGACUUUUCCUUCUUCUAGACAGAUCCAGGUUUCUAAGGAUGAAUCCACCCCUGUGCAGUUCUUAACACCAGAGGUCCCUCCCACUCCUAGGAAGCUCUCAAUACCUGGGGUCCAGCCCAGUUCAGGGCAGCCACUUAUAUCUGGAGUCCCACCUACCUCUGGACAGAUUCCCAAUCUCUCGGAUCUCUCUCCUGGGAAGCCCAUGGUUCCCGAGGCCUCUUCCACCCAUGAGGAGCUCCUGGAAUCUGGACCCUUAACCCAAUCUGAGCAGCCCCAGGCACUCCAGCCCCCUGUCACCCAUGAGCAAUAUCCCUAUCUACAAGCCCCUUAUACCCUUGGACAGCAUCUGGCACCAUGGACUCUUCCUAGGCAAGCUUCUCCACUAUGGAUCCCCCCUCCCCCUGGGCAUCCCCCAACACUAUGGGUCCCCUCAACCCCUGGAAAGCCCCAGAAAGAUCCAUCCUCUUCUGUCUCUAAGAAAAGUAAGGAAAGAUUGGCAAUUAUUUCUUCUCUGAAAUCUAAAUCAGCAUUGGCCCAUCCCAGUGCUCCAAAUGUCAAGAUGAAGCAAGCCCCUUUCACCAUUAAGAAGCUCCAAAUAUCAGAGGUCUCUGACACUUCCGAAAAAAUGCAGAUACGCCAUGAUCCUCGUGCCAUGGAACAAUUUAGAACAUUUCAGUCUUAUCUCACCAAUUAUAGGACACCAAAAUCACAAACUUCUUACAUUGAUGAGGGGGUUCUUCCCACUCUCAUGAAGCCUAUACCAUCACUACCUUCUCUUACUGCUCAACUACCCAAAACAUCACAGAUCUCACCUACUGAAUGGGACCAGAAAUCCCGAUUUCCUCCGAUAGACAAGUCCUGGAUGCUGACUUCAGUUUCAGGUACCAAGAAACCCAAGACGAUGGUGCCCUCUUCCUCUCCCCAAGAGCUCAAAGAGCAGAGGUAUUUUGUUGAUGUGGAGGCUCAGAGGAAGAACUUGAUACUCUUAAAUCAGGCCACAAAAGCUUCUGGACUCCCUUCAGAGCUACACACAACAGCUAGGGAUCUCAUAAUUGAAACACUUCACACGGACAAAGUUCGGCUGGGAUACCUAUUUCGCAAGUACAUUGCCUAUAGGCUCAUCCAGCGUGCAAG